GUAUGUCAAAUGUCGAACUUUACUUAUUCCAAAGUAAUCGGAAGACCCAAACAAAGUUUGAGUGUAGAUUUGCCAAAAUGCUCAUCAAAUGAUUGGAUUUGUUUUGAAAGUAAAACCAUGGACAAUUCUUCAGUAAUGGCGUAUUUUAGUAAAUAUACUUACAUUCUGUGGUCAUAUUAUAACGAAGAUGUGAAAAAAAUGAAUGAUAGUGAAACGAAUAGUAUUUCCAUUGAAAUACAAAASGAAAAAAGACCAACAGAUUAUGAUUAUUAUGAUGAACCGGAACAAGAGUUUUCGAAUGAAGAUUCCACGAACAAAGUGAAAAGAUCACUUGAACUGGUUGAAGAACAACCUCCUGAAGGAACUUAUCGUCCUCCACCCAAUGAUGAAGAGAUUAGGACCGUUCGUUCAUUGCCUGAUAUGCCUACAUUGCCGUCAAUACCUUCUAUGCCUUCAAUGCCUUCUAUACCCUCAAUGCCAUCUGCAAUACCGUCUUUGCCAUCUUUGCCCACACCUUCAAUACCGCAGCCACCUACAAUGUAUCCCGUGCCAUCAAUACCUCAACAACCUAAAAUGCCUUCAAAUGGACCAAACACAAAUACAGAAGCGACAAAAUACGAUGUAACGACUCGAUUGUCGGAAGUAGAACAAUUUGAAACUACUACGGAAGAUUAUGGUAAUAUUGGUGAACCAAAUUGCGAUUACGAUCCCAUUUCCUUCGUUUUAAAAUGUACUUUAAGUUUGAUCACUAGUAUAUUUGGAUUAUCUGAUACAUGUUGCAAACCAAUUAUUUAAUUURUUUAAUAUAUAGGUCAAACAAACAUAACAAUAAAAUAUACCAAACAGCUAAAAUAAUUACGUUCAUUACAUAUCACAUACCAUAUAAYACUUUUCUGUUUACUUUAAAAUAUGUUAUAACUAAAAAAUUUUAUUUCAUGCUAAACUUGGAUAUAUAAAUUAAUGAAGAAACAUCAAUGUACACACAAAAAGGUAUCAAUGGAAAUCACAAUCGUGAUUAUAUAAUAUAUACAUUGAAAAAAAAUGAGACGUGUUUCGAAUAAAGCUGUGUAAUACUUUUGAAACAAAUGUUCCA